AUUAUUGCUAAAUAGAAAAAACAAGAUAUUUGUACAACGUCUACUCUAUGCUGAUCGUAAAUCGGUAUACCUUUUCUUUCCGAAUCGCGAUCGGCAAUCGCUUUCUCUCGACACAGUUUUCUGUGCGUUACGUUCUUCGUGGUAAUCUCGGUGCAGGUGCUACCUCACGCACAUUUAAGUAAAUUGUCACGAGCCAAAUGCCAGGUAAGAUUCGUAAGCUCUCCGCGCGGAGCGCCGGUGUGUGAACGACCUGUCGAAAGUCUAAAUGCCGUAUUUACCUAUUUUAAUUGCUCAAUUCUCUAUGGUUCGGCAUUAUUUCAAUUUUGAUAUAUUUCUAAAGAGCUGUAACGUUAGCAGAAAACAACAAGUACUGGAAGAUUCAACCAACAGUUGAAAGAAACCACUUUAAGGCGGCCGCAUUACGUACUGAUUUCCGUUAAUAACCCUCGUAAACUGUGCAUCCGAUAAGGUGUCAAAAUUAACUACUGGAAUGCAAACUUUUUCGAAGAACGAAUGACAGAUUCGAACGUAUUCUAUCUCAUUUAAAACAAAAAAGGCAAUGUUUACCAAAAAGAAAAAGAAACCACAAAUAUCAACUCCAACAAACUUUGAACAUCGUGUACAUACAGGAUUCGAUAAAAGAGAAGGAAAAUUCAUUGGACUACCGUUACAAUGGGCAUCUAUUGUUGGAAACAAUCAAAUUUUAAAAUCUACGAACAGACCUUUACCUCUUGUAGAUCCAAGUGAAAUUACACCAACUGAAAUUCUUGACUUAAAGACCAUUGUUCGAGGUCAUAAUGAUCCAAAGGGAAGGACACCUAUCGGUGAUAAAAGUACUGAAAAUGGAUUACCUAAAACCAGUACUGUAGCAAGGUCUAAUUCUCUUCGCUCUUCGAGUCCACCAAGGCUAAGAAGGGAUUAUAGGCACAACAGUAAUUUGCCACCAUCUGUGCCCGAAGGUCAAGAAAUUCCAUCCAAUGCUAACCAAGUACAAGGAUAUGCCAAUUUUGGAAAGCAACACAAUUACUUAGAUAAGUUGAGACAGAAUCCCUCCAAUGUUGUAGGUGGAUUAAAUCCUCAUGCCCAAAAUAUGAUUCCAAACCUUCAGAAUCUCAAUCCAAAUAUGCAGUCAUCUCCGAAUUUAACGCAUCCUGGAUCAAACGCUCCUAAUUUAUCUUUAAAUUUCCAAAAUUUGAGUCCAAUUACUACCCUACAAUGUUCUACGCAAAGUCCAAGUACUCCUCAGCUCGCGGAUCCUGAAUUUCAUAGAUUAAAUACUCAGGUGACCACAGUUUCUGGUCAAUACAAUGGAAACAUACAGAUUCCUAACAUCGAGCCGUCUUCGAGGGACCAACAGAUGAGUCAAAAUACCCUUUUGCAUAAGCUACAACCUAAAAUAUCACCUGUAGGAUCGAUUGCUUCGCAACGUCCGUUGAGUCAAUUGAGUUCUCAUAACGUUAAUAAGUAUUCGCAAGCGUAUGGUACACCAGAUAAUUCGUCAAUUUUACAAUCUCAUAUGAAGAAACCUAUCGAAACAUCUCAAUCGAUGCAUAAUUUAUCAAAGAUGAAUAUGCCAUCUUCCGGAAGUAGUUCAACUCCGGAUCAAAAUCAGAAUAUGAAAAGCGCUAUAUCUUCAGGAAAUUUAGCAGUUAGUUCAAGCUCGAAUACAUCUAACAAGCAAACGGCAGAACAAAGGCUCACUCAUGAACAAUUUCGAGCUGCUUUACAGAUGGUGGUAAGUAGAGGCGAUCCAAGAGAGAAUUUGGAAAAUUUUCUUAAAAUCGGCGAAGGCAGUACUGGAACGGUAUGCAUAGCGACAGAAAAGAAUACGAAUCGGCAAGUGGCAGUGAAAAAAAUGGAUCUAAGAAAACAGCAAAGACGAGAACUACUUUUCAACGAAGUAGUUAUUAUGAGAGAUUAUCAUCAUCCGAAUAUCGUCGAAAUGUACGACAGUUUCUUGGUAGACGAUGAACUAUGGGUUGUGAUGGAGUACCUCGAAGGUGGAGCACUCACAGAUAUCGUUACGCAUUCUCGCAUGGAUGAAAGUCAGAUAGCUACGGUGUGUUCACAGUGUUUAAAGCCACUUGCAUAUUUACAUUCUCAAGGGGUUAUUCAUAGGGACAUUAAAUCUGACUCUAUAUUACUUACUGCCGAUGGGAGGGUAAAGUUAUCCGAUUUUGGAUUUUGUGCUCAAGUAUCGCAAGAAUUGCCGAGGCGAAAGUCUCUAGUUGGAACACCAUAUUGGAUGAGUCCCGAAGUUAUUUCCAGGUUACCAUACGGACCCGAAGUAGAUAUUUGGUCGCUAGGUAUAAUGAUCAUUGAGAUGGUUGACGGAGAGCCACCAUUCUUUAACGAGCCUCCUUUACAAGCUAUGCGACGUAUAAGAGAUAUGCCCCCGCCAAAAUUGAAAAAUUCUCACAAAGUCAGUCCACGACUUCAAGGUUUCCUUGAAAGAAUGCUUGUCCGUGAUCCAGCGCAAAGAGCCACGGCAACAGAAUUGUUACAACAUCCGUUUCUUAGGCAGGCUCAAAGUCCAAGUAUUUUAAUUCCAUUGAUGAGAGGUUCCCGGCAUACGAAUUGCUGACGAAUCGAUGUAAAGAAUUAACACGGACAUCGGUUACGAAAGUAAUCGGGUCUACGAUCGUUUUUAGUUUGUUGUUAGGCGUUAAACUUUAAAAAAGUAGAUAGAUUGUAGAAACGUUUAAGUGGCCUUUAGUCGUUAGACAAACUUACAUUCCACCGUGGCCUUAAGUUAGAAACGUUAGAUCGUGAACUUAUAAAAUGCCUGUAUUGCCUGUGAUAGGCAUUAUCGUUAUAGAAGAUAUUUUUUAUAUCGAGUUAUUUAACGAGAUAUUGUAUGUACACUCAAGUGCCUUCGUAAUUAGCAUCGUUUCUUGUUUUCUAUUACACGCUUAAGUUCAGUAUUUAAAUAUCGACUUCGCUGUUGUUUAU